AUUUUGACAAACAAUUUGUCAAGCUGUGACCCAGCCAAGUGUGUUGUUUUUCUCGUAAAAUGUUUGAAUAAAUAAAUAUUCACAAUUUACAAAUAAAAGUGUGUUUUUAAAUUUCCAUCUGAUAUGUAGGUAGUUGCAUUUGAUGUAACAAAAUUUCAUAAUAACAAUCAAAGAGCAGAAUCAGUUGUGCUCCAAAAUGGGCGAUUCGGAGUUUGCUUACGGAUCUUCAAUAUCCCUUGAUUCCAUGAAAGUAAUAGCGGAGAGUAUAGGAAUAGCAAACCUUGGAGACGAUGCUGCUAAAGAAUUAGCUGAUGAUGUAUCAUAUCGCCUGAAAGUGAUAGUUCAAGAUGCAAUGAAGUUCAUGCAUCAUGCGAAAAGACAAAGACUGUCCAUUACUGACAUAGAUCACACAAUGAAAACCAAAAAUAUUGAGCCUCAGUAUGGAUUUAUACAGCCGGAUUCACUUCCAUUCAGGUUUGCUUCCGGUGGUGGCAGAGAGCUUCAUUUCAUUGAAGAGAAAGAGAUAGACUUGUCUGACAUACUCUCUGCCCCACCGCCUAAAGUGCCACUGGAUGUAUCGGUGAGGGCACAUUGGCUAAGUGUGGACGGGGUGCAGCCCACGGUGCCAGAGAACCCUCCACCGCUUUCAAAAGAGGCACAGAAGCUUGAGUCUGUUGACCCUAUUACUAAACUUAGCAAGCCAACCAAUAAAGAUGCUGCAGGGAAACCCAUGUGUGGUAAGGCAGCAAGACUAAAAGCGUCCGAGUCUGUUCACGUGAAGCAAUUGGCCACUCACGAGCUUAGCGUGGAACAGCAACUUUACUAUAAGGAAAUAACAGAAGCCUGUGUCGGUAGCGAUGAAGGGAGGAGAGCGGAAGCACUACAGUCCCUUGCCUGUGAUCCUGGUCUUCAUGAGAUGUUGCCUCGUAUGUGCACAUUUAUCUCGGAGGGUGUGAAAGUGAAUGUGGUACAAAACAACCUAGCAUUACUUAUCUAUUUGAUGAGAAUGGUAAAGGCAUUGUUGGACAACCAGUCUUUGUACUUGGAAAAAUAUCUACACGAACUCAUCCCCUCUGUGUCGACGUGCAUCGUGUCGCGGCAGCUGUGCCUGCGGCCCGAGAUGGACAACCACUGGGCGCUGCGGGACUUCGCCGCGCGGCUCAUGGCGCAGAUCUGCAAGACCUUCAACACGUCCACCAACAACCUGCAGACGAGGGUCACCAGAUUAUUCGCUAAAGCGCUUCAAUGCCCGUCGCAGACCAACAACGAGACGGGCGUCGGGCCGUCUAUGGUCACGAGCAUGAAGGAGUCCGAGAAGACUCCGCUCGCCUCUCUUUAUGGGGCCGUGCAGGGAUUGGCUGAGCUUGGACCCGAAGUCAUAAAGGUGUUCAUUCUGCCCCGCGUGCGGUGGCUCGGAGAGCGCGUCGAGGGCGCUCUGAGCGGGCUGGGCGGCGCGGACCGGCUCGCCGCCGGGAACCUCAAGCACCAGCUGUUGAAGGUGCUAGCCCCGGUGGUGCGCCAGCUGAGACAGCCGCCCGACGUGCCCGAGGAGUACAAACGCGACUAUGGUUACCUCGGACCGAGUUUGCAACAGAUGGUGGGCAAGCUUCGCGCGUCGCCGUCAGCGAGCGGCGGCGGCGGCGCCGUGGCCGUGGUCACGUGCACGCCGCCGCUCGUGCCCGCGCCCGCCGCGCCCGCGCCUUCGCCGUCGCCAAGCAAUUCAACAUAAUUCUCUCUUGCAGAGUCGCUGGGCACCCGUAACGUGGUGAUCGCGUCGCCCGCGCCGCAGUCGCCGGCGCCGGGCACGCCGCCGCCGCAAAAGUUCGUCAUCGUCGCCUCCCAGCAGAAACCGCCACAGGCGCAGCCAGCCGGCGGCCAUAUCGUGGUCCACAGCUCACAGCCCACGAUCGUGCGAAGUCAGAACGUCCAGUCGGUGGUGGUGACCAGCGGGCCGGCGGGCGCGCAGCCGCCGCAGAAGGUGAUGGUGGUGGGCGUGCAGCCCGCCGCCGGCCAGGUCAGCCAGGCGCCGGUGUCGGUGGUGACGAAGCCGGUGUUCGCGCGCGGCGCGGCGGGCCAGCAGCCGCCGCCCGAGCUCGACGACCUGUCUCAUCUCGCCUGACAGCCGCGCACCUUCAGCUUCACAAUAGUCAAGCAGUACACAAGAAAAAAACCGCAAUAGCAACCUGCGCUUCGAUACUCACAAUAGUGACGCUUAGUGCGCGUUCUUGCACACGCGGAGCUUGAAUAUCGCUUAAAACUGUGGUUUCCGCGCGCAUUUAUAAUAUCAAUUGGACAAUUCUCAGUGCUUAGGGCACGUUGACGUUUUAGAGAUGUGUAUAGUAAAUGUGUGCAAACGGCGCCAAGACCACGCCGCACACUUCGUGCAUGAACGUGACCUUGGGUGUGCUCUACACAGAAAAGAUGAGUCGAAAUUAAGAAUGAAUAAAUCUCAGUUAAAAAUAAUGAAUAACCCAUAUCAGUAUCUUUUUUGUGUGGAACAUAGUAUUGAAUGAAAUCAGUAACGAUUGAAAAUAGUUUAUAAUAUUUUCUAGAUAUUUAAAGACGGAAUACGUUAGUAAAGUAAAUCCUGUUCUUUUUUGUGAUCGACUUCAUGCAUUUUUGCAGCGUUAUUAAGAGGUUCUAUUUUUUUUUAAUAAUUUUAUUAAGUUGCUCAAAUUGAACAAGCAUUUUUAUUUAAAAAAUAUGAAAAUUUUCAAGUUAAAUAUCGCCCACAGUAUUUAAAGAAUUUGUUGUGUUUGAGCAGCAGAGUAAUAAUUUAAGUUAAACAAUGAAAUGUGACCACAAUCAUAUUUAAUAUUGUACAAUUUAUUGACAAUUUUAUUUGUGUAAAAUAGGUUUAUUACAAGCUGUACCUAUACAAUUUUAUACGAAAUACGAAUGACGCCGAGUCGGUAUAGAAAUAAUAGGUGUCUGAUAUAACUAAAUAUUAUAGCAAUAAUAGAUCCAACUGUCUUAAAAAUAAUUUCCAUGUACAUUAUUGAUGUUGUAAUUAGCAAUUUUAUUGUUAUGAUUAAUACAUUCACAUUCAGAUGUAUUCUAUCGAAUACUUAGUUGCUAUGUUUUAAGUUUUUGUUCCUAAGAAAAAUACGCUACAGACCACAAUGCCUAUUGGCACGAUAGAGGAAGAAAGAUCACUUCUUCAUCAAAGUGAGUAAUAUUUUUAGGGGCGCAGUAGCGCUUUUAGAAUAUGCUAUUUUCUGAAAUCACUCCACUUUAUGUGCUCUAAGCGCUCCUCUGCGCUAUUGUUUCAAAAAUCAAGAACUUGUGGCGUUAUAAGGUAUAAUAUUAAUAUUUGUUUGUAAGUUUAUUAUUGAUGUCAGUAGAUUUUAUUAAGUAUCAUUAAUAAGUAUAGUAUGUCGACUAAACACGUACCACGAUACAAAUAGUGUAAUUGGUAUACCGACUCUUACUAAAUCUGGUAAAUUACAGCACAAAACAGAAUUAUGUAUCAUGGGCAAAAUAUGCAAUUUUCUCAAUUUUUUAUGUAAAGAAAUAUAAAUUGAUAAUCAAUUAAUAAAUGCUAUGAUAUUA